AUGAAAAUUGCAGUUUUCGGUGCAACUGGGCUUUGUGGUAAGAACUUGGUCGAAGUUGCAUUAAACGACGGUUAUGGAGUAAAAGCAUUGAUCCGAAAUCCGACCAAACUUGACCACAUCAAACACGAAAAUUUAGAAAUCGUGAAAAUUGAUAUUUUUGACGUGGAUGCUGUUUCGAAACAACUCGAGGAUGUCGACGCUAUUUUAUCUUGUCUUGGAGGUCUUCCAACUUGGAGAUGGAAAAAGGAGACUGUGUAUAGUACCUCGAUUGAAGCGAUAGCGAAAGCUGCCAGGAAAGCGAAUAAAAAACGAAUCAUUGCGCUCACAGGAGCAAGACAGGUGCCGGAUCCCGAAGGUCGAGAAGGUUGGUUCAUCCGUAAUUUUGAUUGGAUAGUUAUGCGACCAAUCAUGGACGACAUGAUGAGGAUGGAAAGCUAUUUGAAAGAGAACUGUCAAGAUCUGGACUACACAGUGUUGAGGCCUACAGGAUUCUGUAAAACGGAACCCUGGACAGGUGAGGCUAUCAUAGUUCCAGACGUCUAUUUUAGGCCUGAAGAUUCUCUCUGGAUACCCUAUAAGAAAGUGGUGUUGUUGAUGCUGGAAGCGCUGAAGGAGAAUAAGUGGGUGAAAGAGCAUGUCUAUUGUGCGAUGCCCAAUGGAUUUGAUAAGGUUGAAAAGUAG